AUGGUUGCAAUGGAACGCAAAAUAGCGAUGUUGAUUCGGGAGAUGGAUAUAUAUAAACUCAUGAACUAUGUAGAGCAAGUAAAAAGUGAGAAGAUAAAGGUGAAGAAUAGGGAGUUUAAGAGGCCAAGGAUCGAUGAUAGUGAAUUCUCUCAUGGUAAGUUCGUAAGUGAUGGACGUCCUUGUUUUUACCAAAAGUACUCUGGCCAAGUGUCUUCUAAUGCUACUACUCCAAGGUUUGAAAAAGAUAGGGUGCACAAUACUAAACCUCAAGGAGGUGUUCCUAUGGUCCAAGCUACUCCUGCAUGCAAGAAGUGUGGUAGGAACCACAAGGGAGAAUGUUUAGUCGGAUCGAAUGUGUGUUACCAGUGUGGUAAGAUGGGUCAUAAUUCUAAGGAAUGCAAGGUCAAAUAUGGUCAUUCUCAAGGGCAAGUUGCUCAAGGUGGCCAUGGGAAACCAAAGGGUAGUCAAUGCAAUAAUAGGUUCUAUGCCCUCCAUGGUAGGCAAGAGGUGGAAGAGACUCUUGAUGUUAUUUCUAGUAUGUUACAGGUCUUUCACUAUGAAGUUUAUACUUUGCUUGAUCCGGGUGAAAAUUUAUCUUUUGUUUCCCCUUAUGUGGUCAAGAGGUUUGAUGUUAGUCUCGAGAUAUUAUUAGAGCCUUUCUCCAUUUGUACUUCUGUAGAGGAUGUCAAGGCCAAGCAAUACCAAGAUCCAAUGUUAGUUGCCAAAAAAUCCAUUGAGGCUUUAUCCCAAGGGGGAGCUGAUGUGCUACAUUAG